GACACUCUCUCAUUUCCAGUUGGUCGAGAACAGCUCAGUAGGACGGGUGUGAGUGAAAGUGAGUGGCGAAACAAACGAAAAAUAGCCAAACCAUUAGACGAGAGCUGUUGAAAAACAAUUAUUUUUUGUACUUUUAGUUUUCAAAUCUUUUCAGUCUUCUUUUUAAGAGCUGAUACUAGCAAGACAACGAUAUUUUGAGAGAAACUGAAGAAUCGAGACAUCCCCCCUUACAAACCAAAAUGCCGGCCAGUGCAUCGUACGGUGAGUCGAUUGAGUUGACGCGCCAUAAUUCGCUGGAAGACCAACGAGCCCUGCAAGUGGCGAUGGAAUUAUCCCUGCUCAGUUUCGGCAACAACAUGGAGCAUCACCACAUGGAUCACUCCACAUCGCCCAAUCCAUCACUCAACACCAUGGAUCACAUUAAUUCGCUUCAUUAUGCCGACGAGAUGAGAUUCUUGGCCAAAAAGAGUCAAAACAUGACCGAGUGCGUACCAGUCCCGAGCUCAGAACACGUUGCUGAAAUCGUCGGAAGACAAGGAUGUAAAAUCAAGGCGUUGAGGGCCAAAACCAACACCUACAUCAAGACGCCAGUGCGCGGAGAAGAGCCUGUUUUUGUUGUUACUGGACGUAAAGAAGAUGUCGCUGCUGCCAAACGAGAAAUCCUGUCAGCAGCUGAACACUUUUCACAAAUCAGAGCUUCAAGACGAUCUGGACUUGUUGGACAAUGCGGUAUCGUCGGUACAACUGGACUCGUUCCUCCACCACCAGUCCCCGGCCAAGUCACUAUCCAGGUUCGUGUACCGUAUCGAGUUGUUGGAUUGGUCGUCGGCCCCAAAGGAGCAACCAUCAAGCGAAUUCAACAGCAAACCAGCACCUACAUAGUCACACCGUCCAGGGAGAAGGAACCCAUUUUUGAAGUGACGGGCAUGCCGGAUAAUGUCGAACAAGCUAAAAGAGAGAUAGAGGCUCACAUUGCUCUACGCACCGGUUUGGUGAAUGUCGAUGGAUCCGGCAAUGAACUAUCACCCGAUAUGAUGCACGAUUUAGCUGCUGGAUUGAACGGACUGGGUUUGGGCAUGCUCGGAUCGAAUCUAGGAGGCGCGAUGGAUAAUGGAACAUCUGAUUUGAUGGGGUCACUCUACAAGAGUUCGUCUGCUUUACGAUCAGCUUUUACUGGACAUCUAAACAACGAUGUUUACGGUGUUGCAUCGACUGGAUUGUCCAACUUGCUCGGAGACAAUGCAUUCGGACUACGAUCCCAGUAUGGCGCCCCAUCUGCCUCUUCGGCAGCUGGCAAGAUCGACUCUGAAUUGCAGACACUGGGCAGUGGAUUGCUCAACAGUUUGUACGACUCGGAUGAAGGUAUCGGUUUGGGAGGAUCGGAUUCGCCUACUUUGAGCCACUCGCUGAUUCAGCCCAACAUCUGGUCUACGGAUUUCGGUACUGGCGUGGUAGGCGGUGGCAGCACUAGUAGCAUCAACACGAACAGCACGGCCAGCGGCACAAGCACCACAUCUGCCGGAGGAGCCAAAAGGAGCAAUAGCUUUGGAUUUCCCACAUCGGAUUCUGAACACCCACCUGCCCGUCGUAUCAGUUCUGAUCCACUGACGGCCAUCGGAUCAACGCUCAACUCAUUGUCUGCAGCCUUCCAGAUCCGUUCGGAUUCAGAUUCUGGUGUCCGUGAUUCUUCCGCAUCAGCUUCCGGUUCGGCUUCUCCAGCUGCAUGUUCACCAGUUGGUUCCAGCAGCAAUUCCAGCACGAGAGGAUCACUCAAGCGCGAAUGCAUCAUGUGCUGUGAAGGUGAGAUGGUGGCUGCUCUUGUUCCAUGUGGUCACAAGCUUUUCUGUAUGGAUUGCGCCCAACGUUUGGUGCCCAAAGAAUCAUCUGAUUUAGCCGGAGGAGAGUGCCCAGUCUGCCAUCAGGCCGUCACUCAAGCCAUCAGGAUCUUCUCGUAAAGCGGAUUAGUAAUUUUUUUUUGUUUUACAAAGAAGACGGUUGAUGGGAGAUUAGCAAAAAGAAACAACGAAGCAACCAGCGGAUGUUCACCCCCCCUAUAAACUCGUAAGACCUACCUUUGACACCCCGUACCAUUUUCCUCCCUGUCGCGCUCUAUUAUCACUCGAUUUUUUCUCUUCUUUUUUGGGUUUAGUUAAACCAGAAUAUUUUUUCUUCUUUGUCAUCAGGUUUUUUUUUUUGAAAAUUCUUUUGGAAACUUGCGCGUUUUGUUAUACGGAGGUGCACACACCAAUUUUUUUGAAAGUUAACGUCAGAAUUUUUUUGGAAGAUUGCGCCCUAACGUACACAACAUACCCUUUUUUUGGAAGUGCAGUCGAUCUGAAAGAAAAUCCAAGAGUUGUUUUUAAUCCCACGUUUAUUAAAAAAAUCUUUAUAUACAAAUCAAGCUUAUCACGCAGUUGAGAAAUUAUUAAAAAAUGCUAUCAUUUUGUGUCGUGUGUGUAAAACGACGAUGUCAAAUCGAUAUUUAAGUGUCUACUUGGGUUUGCCGCAAAGCCGCCGAAAAAAAGAUUUCCUUAUUUUUUCUUACAACCCUCCUCCAUCCCAGAAAUUCCCACAUUCUUUUUGAUAAUCGAUAUUUAAACCUGCGUAAAGAGAGCAAUAGAAUUUAAGUUUUUUUUUCUUACUUUUUCAAUUCUUAUGUGUAUAUUUGGCGAAAAAAAAUUUAUUUUUGUUUAGGACAAAAGAACGAACAACACGCGCAACAUUUGAAAAUCCAAGGGCAAUAAUUAAUUUCCGGCGAAAUAGUAACUGGGGGUAAAAUUUACACAGCAAAUUAAAAAAACAAUUUCUUUUCCCGAGACACCCUCUAAUGUCGAAAAAUUACGAUUGAGUUAGCUGUGAUACCGAAAACCACUUGUCUCUCUCGACAUCGAUUUAUACUUUUUUUUUUUCACUUUCACCCGUCGAUUUAACAACAAAGUGCUGCUCAAUUUAACCAAUUAAAACAAAAACUUAAAAAAAAAAGGACAAAAUUAGGUUUUGGCGUUACACAAAACUUGGUGCCGUUACAGUAUUCGGACAGUUUCUUUGUUUUAUUUUUUUCUUUCACUCAUUUUUUUCUUCUUCACCCGAUAUAACAAUUCCGUACCUUUUUCUCUGUGUGUGUUUAUUUCUUUUGUCUUUUUUUUUUUUUUUUUAAAUUAUCUUUCGGAUAUUUUCUAGACGAUAUUCUCAGUGGAUAAAUAUCAAAAAGAGGAAUUUCUUUUGCAAACCUUUACCAACAUAGUAAUAAUAGUAAUAAAAAAAAUUCAAUGCUGCUUAUCACAUAGUUAUUUAUAAUGAAGCUGUCUGUGUCCCUCGAUUUACAGUUGAUUUAAACAAGAGAAAUUCAAUAAAUUGCAUUUUUUUUCUUUCUAACUUUUCAUGUAUGCCCCCACAAAUUUAUUUUUUGCAUUUUUAGAAGAGACCUUUCUCUUAAAGAGCUGCUCUGGUCAAGUAGUGUGAUGCGCCCGUUCAUUAAUCAUUUCCUCCCGAGAAUGUUCACCUACGCCUUUUCCCUUUAAAACUAACAUCGUCAGAUUACCUUGAAACAAGAAGUCGUGGCAAUAAGAACAAAUUGAUUAGUAAACGCAGAAACAUUGUAGGCACAGCAGCAGUUUUCUUCCAUUAAGUUUACAACAAAAAAAUAAAAGUUUUUGUCGUUAACAAUAAUUUAAUCGGUAGCGCACAAAACACUUGUACCGUCUUCCUCUCCAACAUUUAUUUUGGCUGUUUAACAAAAAAUUCGGUUGGUCUGCAGUAUUUGUGCUGUGUUGGUCUCCACUACUUAAAAAAACAAAACAAUUAAAAAAAUAUUUUAUUCUCUAUAAUUGUGCGAAAAUUGAAAUCAACGAAGAAGAAAAAAAAGUAUCGGCUUGUCCUCCGUUUCUCAAAUUUUUUAUCAUCUCUCUUUAUCUAAUUCUUUUACUAUUCUAAAAAAAAAUAAUCUAAAAAAAAUAAAAAUAACCGUUUUUGUAUUUUUGCCGCGUGUCUCGAUGUGUGACAAAAAAAACUCUCCCUCCCCUCGUCGAGAGCGAUAUUCCAAUUCACUUAGUAUUCCUCGAUGUGUGUGUACUACUAUAUACAUAUAAUAAUACUAUAUUACUAUUACAUACAGUACUAUAUCAGAAUAAUAAUAAUAAUUGAUUUCUCUGGGAUACUUCAUUUUGAUUUGAGCUCUUGUCACCAGGAUCGUGUAUCGAUUGCAAGGCAAACAAAAACAAAUGAGAAUUUAUCGUUGGACGAAGUAGGAAAAGGUUCAAGUUUAUUUUAAAAUAAAAUGGACAACAGCGAAUCGAAAUCGGGUACACCAGAGAAAACACCACAUUUUUUUUUUCUCGUAAAAAUACAAAAAUAUCAGAGUUUUUUUGUGAAGUUCUAGUUUUCUAUACUAUUUUUUCGGUAUUUUUUUUUUUUUUAAUUUUCUCGCUCGCUUAAUGUAUUUUUCAUGUAACUUGGCCAAUACAGAGUACUUAGCCACGA